AUGAAGCCCUCUCGUCCAUUUGUGACGUCGUCCAGCAUAUCCUACCCCACCAUUAUUUUAACCUUAGAAGCACGUCCUACUUAUGUUUACCCCAGCAAGAGGACGAAGCCGCUAGAGUCGCAUCGUAAGAGCAAGGCCGGUGGCGUGUCUCCCGGUUCGCAGAUCAUCUCCAAAACCGAUGAUGUGCUAGAGGCGGUGCCCGAACUAAAAAACAGCCGCCUUGUUGGCGAUCAGUGUAAGCAUUUACCAACCUUCCUGUCUUUGUAA